AUGCCCCACUAUCAGCCGGGCCUGGUGGCGAAGAGCGCGGGACACGGUAAGUCCUUCGAGGGACCGAUGGGUACGGUAGACAGGAGGAGCCGCAAGGUUCGGUGCACAAGUGUGUCACUUCCCCAGACCAAUCGAAUAGUCGUUUUCAAGCCCAUUACCCCGAUUGCCUUCCUUGUUUUUUUGUCACCCAAAUUCUAGGAAACAGCCUAGUAAUCCGACACCCACUUCACUUUUUGAAAGGAGCCAAACUUUUCAGGCUCUUCGGAGCCUGUGUUGACGUCAUCAAGUGCUCCAUUUAUAGCUUGUAAGAUAUUAGUAAACAAUUCAUAGAUGCCUUUUCUGAGCUCUUUCUCUGCUGACCAACAGAAGCUCCCUGACAUCAUCCGUUUACGUGAGAGCUCUCUGGGCUCUGGGCUUGUGUGCUCAACAGAAAAUGGAAACUUUUUGCAAAAAAAAAAACGCAUUUUCCGUGCGCUCCGAUUCCCCGGACGAAAAGCCAACGCUCUUCCGGCGCGCGCGCACACACACACACAAAGUUUCGAAGUUCAAAAUAGAGCUGGGCCGAUGACGUCAUGAAAACGGAAGACAUCUGGAAUCACCUGAGUUUUUUUGCUUUGUCUCUAUAGAACUCAUCGAUAUCUUCAUUUCGAACUGCUAACUUGAAUGAAAAUGUUGACUCUGACAAGUAUUCCUAAGCCCUUUUUGUCGGUUUUCUGUUCUUUUCUGAUUAGAGACAUGUUGACGGUGAGCUUCCGAAUUAUUCAUAACGACCAAGGGGGACGGGAUACUCAUUAUGACGCCGUGGGAAAAGAAGAGGUUGAAAAUACGAGUUUCAGAAUGGUUCUACCUGGGCAUCGGUGGAGCCCUGGGUCUCGCGGCUCUCGUCGCCGUCGCCGCCCUUCUCGCCGUCCGUAAACGCCGUCAAUACCCGUCGCUUUUGCUCCCACCAAAACAGGUAUGUUCUCUGACAGCCCCUCACGAAAGUGCGUUCACACUAAAAGUGCACUUGCUCUUUUUGUGCUUCAUAUUAUUCACUCGCCCUCGAUUUGAUCUGUUCCCGAGAACUCUCUCAAGCAUUAAUUAAUUACACUUUAGAUGAAAAAGACGACGACGUCAGAGUGUUGUUAUUCAUAGAAAAACGGGGGGAAAGCCCGAUCAUUUCCUCUUCCCCCUCCUCAAUUUCAUUAAGCCACAUUUUUUUGUUUACCAAGGACUACAUUGAAGCCGUUGCAGGUGAUUGCCGUCCGCGGAGGAUUUCCCAAGGGUCCGGGCGGUCUGAAGCAGUCCCCGUCGCCCCUCCAAUCGCCGCUUUCCAAUGACUCGACCCCGUCGCCCGUCAUUCCGCUACAGACCCUUCUCGAGGAUCGCACCAGAAAGGUACGGGAGCAUUGAAACCAUUCUGGGAUCAACCCUCCAGUUCCUUCCAGUUGUCCCCGUCGGAACUGCCAUCCGAGCGCGGCACCAUCUCUUUCACACUCAGCUACGAUCAGCACACGCUGACCCUGCUUGUCAGCAUCAUCAACUGCCGCAAUCUGUGCGAGAUGGUCGUCUCGCGCGACGGACAGUGUCUCCUCGACCCUUACGUCAAACUGCAACUCCUGCCGGAGCGCGAACAUCGCGUCAAGACCCGCAUUGUUCGUUCGACGACCAACCCGGUCUACGAGGAACAGUUCGCCAUGUACGGAGUCAAUCAGGAGCAGGUCAACUUCGCCACGCUCCACUUCCAGGUCGUCGCGUUCGACCGCUACUCGCGCGACACCGUCGUCGGCGAGUGCGUCUACAGACUCGCCGACGCGGAGCUCCAGGUGCACAACGAGAUGCGCGUGGAACUGCCGCUCCUGCCCCGCGCCACGGACACGGUCGCCGCGCGCGGAGAGCUUCUGCUCUCGCUAACCUACCAAGCCGCGUUCAACAAUCUGACUGUGGUCGUGCUCAAGGCUCGCGGACUCGGAGGCCGCAACGACGCCGGCACCGCCGACCCGUUCGUCAAGUUGUACCUGAGAAAGGAGAGCGGAGAGCGCAUCGUGAAGAAGCGGACCCACGUGAGACGGUCCACUUUGAAUCCGGUCUACAACGAGUCGUUCGUGUUUGAACUGCCCGAAGAUCGGUUGGAACACUCGGUCAUCGACUUGCAGGUGAGACCAUAAUUGUGCCUUUUCUGAGUCAUGCACUCGUUCCGUUUUCAGGUGAUCAACCACGACCGCGUCAAUCGCAACGACGUCAUCGGAAGAGCGCUGCUGAACAUGGAGGACUCGCACGUCGUCGAAGUGCUCGAGAACCCUGGCCGUCAAGUUGCUCAGUGGCACCAUCUCGACUAAUCCCCCCUUCCCGCCCGUCUUAUUCCCCAAUGCUUUUGUGUAGACUCUACUGGUUUUCGAACCUAAUCCCCCCACUCAACCAACAACAAAAAAAUCUCCAAAAAAAGACGACAAUUUUCCGUUUUUUUUUUUCAUUUUGCAGCAGACUUUUUCUCUUUAUUUUAACACUUUAACAUAACACAAGGACACGAUUUCCGAAAUGGGCAGCACCCACUCAAAUUACAAAAAACUCUCUUCCUCCCCUUCGAACCAUCACCAAGCAGGCAAUUCUCUCACCGUUUAUGAACGAAUAAAGACCCGUUCCACUUUUGUUAUAUCAUUUUUGUUAGUGCAUCGUUUCAGAUUUGUUUUCAGCAGUAAUCGAGCUCAGAGCACUCUUUUCAAGAAAGCCGGAUUGCUUUUCAAAAAUAUUACUUUUCAGAAAUCUGAGCUGUAAACUCGUCAAAUUUUAAUGGUUGCCGCGGUUCAACUUAUUUUACGUGAAAUAUUUAUUUUUUAUCGAUUUGUUAAAGUUUGUCCACCGAAUUACUGAAUUAGAGCUCUUAAACGGGACCAAAAAGCAACCGCUGCUCAAUCUACAGCUGGCUACGGUUGACAAAUCGGUUCAGUGUCGUAAAUUCUGGCGCACGGUGUUUACACACAACGAAACAAUUUUGAACAGAAUUUUGAAAUUUCCUUGCACAGUUCAUCGGAAUUCGUUUUUUUCGGCGAAUCUUUUCGCAAAAUAAGUAUUUCAAACGGUUAUUCUUGUUCUUUUUUUCAUUCUCUUGCUAAGCUGCCCUUCAGAAGCUUAAAUUCGUCGGCUGAAAUUUAGGUUUUCCCAAACAAUCAUUUUCAGGUGAGAGAACUGGGUGGAAGGAUGACUUCAUUACGAUUUCUUCUCCUUAUCGCCCUUUUUUCAACUGCAAUAGCGUAUCGGCUGAAUGUUCCGCGUGUGCUGCUUCCGUACCAUCCAACAAUACCCGUUUCUUUUGUUCUGGAAGUGACACACCCGACUGGAGGAUGUUUUAAUUGGUGAAAAUUAUGAAAUACUGGAAAAUAUUGACAACAAUUGCAUUUUCAGGAGAUCCACUCGUCCAGACAUUGUGUCCGUCAAAAGUCUUGAUACAGAUGGGGUCGGAUGCUCGGAUAAAGCCGAAAUUCGGUCGGUUGCCAAACCAGGAAGCGUCGGAAGCUCUGAACUUUCUUCGGUGAUUUUCGCAGAAGAUAAAGGUAAGAAAAAGUUUCGUUUUUGAAGGGUUGUCCUUUCUUUCUUUCAGGAUCCGGCACGACUCUGAGUUGCGGAGUGACUGUCGACGAAAUCGCCACAAUCAGCAUUGAGACGACGACGAAAGUGCUCUUCGUGGAUGCCGCGCCCGCCAGAAUGACCGUCGAUGCGUUCAACGCCGACGGAGAUCGCUUUUCGACUCUCAGCGAGAUCGCUUUGGAGUGGGAGCUCUCCUCCACGUCUACGAACAAAGCAAAGCCUCUCCGAAUCGUUCCGUUCGAGCAGUCGACUUACGAAGCGCCCGCAGAGAUUGUGAAACUGGAAAAGAGUCGCAAGAAGGGAUAUCUGAUUCUGAUUGAGGGCGUUAUGACUGGAACUGCCACGCUGACCACCAAGUUCAGCGAUUCCUACUUGCAAGUGAGUUUUGAAUGCACAGAAACCUUUACAAUUAUUUAAAUCCUUUCAGAAAGUCGCCGCUCACAACGUGGAACUGGCCGUCGUCGCCAAUCUUCUUCUCGUUCCCUCCCAGGACAUCUACAUGCCCGUCCACUCGACCCUCUCCUUCCAAGUUCUGAUCGUCAAACAGCGCGGAACCGAGAUCGUCACCAUGCCGAAUCCUUCUUACGAACUGCAAAUCGACGGCGGUGAUGUGGCUUCGCUCGACAAGAAGACGUCAUCUGUGCGUGCGCUCGCAAAGGGAAACACGGCCGUGCACCUGCUCAGCAGUCGUGAGUGUUUUUGCGAAAUUCGCUUUGAGUUUUAAAUGAGCUCUUCCAGAUGUUGACGUGCGCGCAAAAGCGGGACUCCGUCCUCCAUCCACCGUAAUCCACGUCGUCGACGCCGAAUCCGUUCAAUGGCACGUUUCGGGCGAGAACUGGAUGCUGGAGACCGGAAAACAGUACACGAUCAACGUGGAAUUGCUCGACGAGCACGGAAACGUCAUGUUUGUCGCCGACAACUCGCGAUUCGACACCAAAAUCGACGAAGACCUUCUGCGCGUCGAUUACAAAUCGGAGAACGGCACCUGGUUCGUCGUGACGCCAUUGAAACCGGCCAAGACCACUCUUCGCACUCAAUUCGUCGCAAUCAUAGAUGCGAACGGAAAGAGAAUAGCUCAAAGCGGAAAGAUCAGCGGCGAGCAGAGGGCGAUCCUCGUGGACCCGGUCCGCAUCAUCCCGCCCGUUGUCUAUCUACCGUUCAUUCCGGAAACUCGUGCCCAAAUCGAACUCGCCGCCACCGGAGGAAGUGGACACUUUUCGUGGAAUACCGCCGACGGACACGUGGCAACUGUGGACCAGACGACCGGACGACUGACGGCCAUGUCGAUCGGAGACACGGCCGUGAAAGUGACCGACAAGAUGAACUCGCAUCUCGGUGCCCGAGCCAAUGUGCACGUGCUCGAAGUGGCCGGCAUUGCGUACGGAGAAACUGCUCGCGAAACGUUCGUCGGCUCGGAUCUCGUGUUGAAUCUGAAGGUCUCCGGAGUCACUUCUGAUGGAAUCCACGUGGACAUGUCGGACUGUCGAAACGCUCGACCGCAUGUUCAGAUUUCGGAUAACUCCCUGCUUCGCCACGACUCGGACGCGGUUUCAGUUAUACCGAAGGUCGGAACUGGAUGCGGAACUAUCACUUUAAGUGGACUGAGUUCUGGAGACGCUCGUAUCACCGUCACUUUCAUGGGCUACAAGGCGAGCAUCGAUGUGGCUGUCUACGAGAAACUGCAAAUCUCCGAGGACUCGACGGCAAUCGCUCUGGGAAGUGCCCAUCCGCUCACUCUUUCCGGAGGACCUCGACCGUGGAUUCUCGAUCCGGCGUCGUUCUACAAAAGACGUGACAACGAGGAGAAGAAGAAUAAUCUGCAGCUGACGUUCGAGAAUGAAAAGGUCGUUUUCAAGUGCGCGACGACGGAAGGCACGGAGACCGUGCGGGUUCGCAUCGGAAACGAGCGCUCGUCGACUCUCCCGUUGCCCGUGAACGCCGUCGUGACCGUCUCCGUCUGCUGUGCGAAGCCCACUCGUCUCGAGAUCUUCGAAGAGAAGCCACGUCCUGCGAAGUGCCCUCUGAACGUGCACACAAUGCUCGUCGACUCGCACGCCGAGCUUGUGCUCCGUGGCUCUGGAAACUGCGAUGGAGUCGUCACGCCACUUGCCUCAAUCAACGGUCUCUCUCCGAAAUGGACGACUUCUGAAUCCGCUCUUCUGAAGGUCAAUCGACAAGGAAUUCAGACGGAGGUCUCUUCUGGACGCAAGGAAGGACAGGCUACAGUUAAAGCUCAAGCCGGUUCGCUUUCGGCCAACUACGAAGUGACGGUGACGCACGGAAUCCACCUCGAACCGACUCGUCUUGUUCUGUGGAACGAAGCAGUCUCCAAAGGAACCUUCUCGAUCACCGGAGGAUCUGGUCACUUCCACGUCGAGAAUCUGCCCUCUUCCGGAGCCCCGGUCUCUGUCGCUCUUCGUGCCAGAAGUUUGACUGUGACGCCGAAGAAUCACGGAGAAAUUAGUCUUCGAGUGGUCGAUGCUUGCCUCGUUAGUCAACACGCCGAUGCCAGCGUUCGGAUCGCCGAUAUUCACUCGCUGGCCAUUGAUGCUCCGCAAUUCGUAUGCUAUUAUUUUUUGAACAUGAUAAUAUUUCUGGUUUUAGGUGGAAAUCGGACAGGAAGUUGAAGUGGAAAUCCUUGCUCAAGACGAAACGGGAGCAAGCUUCGAAAAGGCACACCGCCCACUUGCCGACGCUCAGCUGGACGCCAGCAAUCAACACGUCGUGCUCAAAAAGAUCGACGGACUCCGCUACACUCUCCGUGCCAAUUCGAUCGGAUCCGUCUCUCUGAGCGCCUCGUCGAAGUCCUCUACCGGCCGCCUUCUCAGUUCCCGCCCACACACAGUCCAAGUGUUCUCCCCGAUCUUCCUGCAACCGAAACGGCUCACUCUGAUCCCGGAUGCCAAAUUCCAGCUGGAAGUGGUCGGAGGUCCUCAGCCGACGCCUCCACUCGACUUCUCCCUCAACAACUCAAUGAUUGCUUCCAUCGAACCGAACGCACUGAUCACUUCCUCCGAACUCGGAUACACUUCCAUCACGGGAACAGUUCGUGUUGGAGACGGUCAUGUCACGAAAGAUUCGGUCGUUCUGCGCGUCGUUUCUCUCUCCGGAGUCACUCUUUCCGCUUCAAGUCGCAAAGUGGAGACGGGCGGCCGAGUCAACAUUCGUCUUCGCGGAGUCGUCGCCGGAGCAGAGGACGAGGAGCCAUUCGCGUUCGGAGGAGCCAUCUACCCAUUCAAAGUGACGUGGAGUGUCUCGGAUCCGUCCAUCCUCGCCUCUUCGCAUCCACUCGGAAGCGACGUCGUCGAACCGUCGAACAACCAAUUCGCCAUUUGGUUUGAUGCGGUUCGCGGAGGAUCCGUCACAGUUCGCGCUGUUGUUGAACUGAACGAAAAGGCUCGAAAGCAUUUCGUCGGAAGAGCCACCAGCUUCGUCGCCGAAACUACAGUCGCCGUGGAAGAUGCUCUUUCUCUGCUCAGCCCUCAACUGGCCAUCUCAGCCGUCCGAGUCGCUCCAAACUCCCAGCUCAAUCUGGUCACUGCCUGGCCACAAGCCGCCUUCUCCGUCCCAUCCGAGUACUCCAACCGCGUCUCGAUCAGUCCUUCUGGUCUGCUUCGGACGAACGGAAGAGAGGGACCAGUUGCCAUUGUCGUCCGGAAACUGAACAGUCCGGACAACGAGACGGUGCUCAUUCCGGUCACUGUUUCCCGCGUCGCUUCCAUCGACGUCUUUCCGAACAUCGAAUUGAAGAGCGCUUUCGAAAACUCUCCGCUCGUUCACCUGCCAGUCGGAGCACAAAUCCAACUGAAUGUGGUGCCAAGAGAUGCCCGAGGACGUAGUCUGGCCGCCGCUUCUGCAAGCAUCAACUUCCGGCCGCAUCGCUUCGAUCUCACGGACAUCAUCGCCACGAACAACAAUCUGACACUGACGAUCACGUUGAAGUCCGCCGGAGACACCGUGCUCCGAAUCGGAGACGCCGCCAACCAUCAAAUCGCCACGUUCAUUCGCUUGUCCGCUUCUGAAUCGAUGCUCCCGAGAGGCGCCCAGAAACACUCGCAGGAUCUCGUCGUCUCCGACGUCAUCUGCUUCCAAUCGAGCAUUCUUUCCGAGGAAGGCGCGCCGCACUGGUCGUCGCAGAGCUCAAGCGACGGACGUGUCAGCUGGCUCGACCAGAACCUCGGAGUCGCGCAGCUCACAAAAGCCGGCGACGCCUUCAUAAAACUGCACGCGGAUCGUCAGACGAUACACUCGAAGAUCUCCGUCGUGCUGCCGACUGCUCUCCGUUUCCCAGCCGAACGCAAACAGAACUUUGUGAGCAACGAUGAGCACUCGACUUUCGUGAUUCCGGUCACGGCGGUCACCAACAACACUUCGACGAACAAGAUCUCAUCCAUCUACGGAGACUGUUCCUCCGAACAGCUCCGCGCGUUCGAAGAGAUCACCGCCCCGUUCGACUGCCACGUGUCGUUCGUCCGUCGCGCCAAGACCCUCUCGGCGGUCAAUUGGCUCACCGCCACCGCCGUUUUUAGUCCGGCGUUCGGGUUCGGAUGCGAGAUUCGUCGUCUGGACUCUUCGGUGACGACGUCGACGAUUGUGGUGCCGGAAGAGCUCGAAAUGGAACAUUUCAACGCGCAGAUCGUCGCUAAAUGGGCUUCCGACGGAAAGAUUCGAGUGAAAGACGCCACCGUCGAGCUGCCGUUCCAUUUCGCAUUCAGUGUUGAGGAGAAGGAGCUCAUGUUCUCGAACAUGGAUCAGGUGUCGGCUGCGCUCUCCAUCUGGGUGCCUUCCUACGACGCGAAUCACAUUGUCGUUUCCGGAUGCGAAGGGGACAUCGUUUCGGUUCAGCAGACGUAUUAUUCCGGCGACCGUCACUCUGCCAAGGCCAACGUCUUCUACACGGUCCGUCUGAACGUGAAAUCGGCUGCGCUUUUCACGGAACACGCUAAGAAGUGCCACGUGACCGUUGAGAAUACGGUCACUGGACAGAGCAUCCGAGUUCCGGUCACUGUGCAACUGCUCGACGAGACUGCCAAACAAGUGUAUAAUGGUAAGAAGGAUUUCAGGCUGUAAACAAGUUCAAAAUUUUCAUUUUCAGCUCUGGAAAGCCGCGGAGUGAUUGAUGUGAUCCUGAUUCUGGCUCACAAGUACUCGCACGCGAUUCCCACUCUUCUGUGGACGUGCGUCGUCGGCAUCGCCAUCCUCGUCGGAAUCAUCUACGUGCGAAUGCACAUCUUCAACAAAGAGGGCGCGAUGGUCGACACGACCGUCACUAGCAACCACAACAACACUUCCGUCGCCAGCUCCUUUAACAGCACCGGAAAUGGUAAGGGCUCUUGCUUUUCAUCUCUUUUUAAACCUAUUUUCUUGCAGUAAGCCUCCGCGAACCAGUGUUCCGCUCCACGCCAAUCGCCGGAUCGCCUUCGGUUCCGCUUGCGAAUCCGCGCGACCGACUGCGUCAAACAAUGGGAUCCGGAGGAGAUGGCCGACUUUGGAGCUACUAA